GACGGCUAAGAUCAAGGCCACUGUGGGCGCGGGGAGCCGUGUCAUUUACAUGCGAUCAAGAAAAUGACCGAGCUUUUGGAAUUCCAAUCGGCGAUCUCCGAUGGCUUCGAGAGCUAAAGUGCCAGUGUUCACCGAUACUAAUUUGGACACUCGCAUUGCCUUCGAUGUCUCACCAGAAAUUACAGCUCGAGAUUUCAAGAGAGACCUUGAGAGAGCACACUUGAUUUGCUUCCCUAAACUUGGAGCGAUCAGGGUAAAUGGAUUAAUGGUGAAGCAAAGGUCAUGCUUCUACCACCUUCCUGACUCGUUGCCAAUGAAGCAUGCUUUCCAGGGUUUAAGAGGAACAUGGUUUAUUCACGCGGAAGCACAUCCUUGGAGUGAUUCUAAUGAGUCAGGUUUAUCAGAAUGUGUUGUUGCAGAAAUCAGAGAUAGAACUUCUAAUAGUAUAAAGGUUACUGAUUCUCUUGAACCUAAAAUCCCGGUGUCAAGUGCGAACAAGAAUCAUGUGAACUGCAAAAGAAAGAAAAAUGGGAUUAAAAGAAUUCCAUACGCGAAAGUUGCACUCCAAGCGAUUCUAGCAAACGCCCACCGUUCAAAAAAGAAGAAAAGGAAGAGGGUAACGGAAAAUUGCUCUCUACAUUGUACAGUGAAAGGGCUCGAGAAGGGCUGCCUUAGUAGAAAUGGAGGUGACACUGCUGAAGAGAGGGAAUUGAGUGCAAUAUUGGAGAACCAUAGCGAGACAUUAUCAGAAUCGUUAUCCGUUUCAGGCAUCAUCAAGAAAUACUUUUCUGAUUACGAGGAGGUGAGUUUAAGGUCCAAUUUUACAUCUAGAGCAAACCAAAGUCAACGUAAAAGCAAUUGACGACUAGAACAGAUAGUAAUUGCUCGACGUCAAAAGUUAGUGGAAUUUCACAGUUUACGCCCAAGACUCCUCCAAGAGUGUUGCCUUUUCCGUUGUCUACUGAUCUUAGUUCCAAAACCUCAAGGAAUAUAGUUAAGAGAACUGGAGUUGGAAAUCGUCUUGUUGUGGCCUCAAAUAAUCUCGGGAGAUCUGUAAAAUCUGCAACGGGUCUCUGUAGAUUCGGAGAUCGAAAGUUAUCAGUGCCCAAAUCUAGUUCCUUUGUUAGAAGUAUAGUUUUUGAAAUUAGUGACAGUGAUGAAUGAAUAAUGUUGAGGUAACACUCUCUGGUUAGACUCUCGUGAUAUGGAUACACUUCUGCGGAGAAGUUAGACAUUGCAGCAAGCCAGUUACUAGUGCUUCAGUAGCUGAAAAGCUUGGAACUUCGAGGGCUUCCAUGAUUCAGUCUGUAAAAUUUUACGUUCAUUGACACGAUUGGGACCCUUUUCAGGUUCAGUUUUAUAUCCGGAUAUUGUUCGUAUGAGGUAAAUGAUGUUGACAAGGGUACUAAAAAAGUCAAUUAUAUAUGACUUAAUGCUCUACAGCCAAUGUAGGCUGCUAGGCGGAACACAUCAGUUUUCGCAAUGAUGCUUUGGGUUGAGAAGGAAUUCCCCAACCCUGUUUGUGUAACCAUUUUUUGCUUUGAAUCGUCUAAUAUGUUGUCUUUGAUCUAUGAUUCACGGAUAUGAACAAGACAAGUAUUGUAGCCAAAGCAAUGUAGUUUGGAUAAUGUUUUGUUGAGGUUUGAGUCUCCAGGUUGUUGGUAUGAAAUGUAGGAAAAUGUUGAAUGUUUCUGGGAAAUUUUUGAAAUCGGUCUGAAAAUUUCUCGUGUAUUUGAGUUUUAAAGUGUUUUGAGUUUGUGUGGAAUAAGAAGGAUCACAAGUGUGCAUCA